CGCUCAGUCGCACACACCCACCACUCUCCUACUUGUCCACCUCUCUCUCUCGCUCCGCGCUGCGCCUCCGGGUCAACUCCGCCGCGAGAGAGGAGAUCGAUCGAUCGGCCGAUCGAUAUGUCGCUCGCCAUGUCGCUCGACGCGGCCGUCGACGUGUCCAGCAAGCCGCCGGUGCCGCCGCCAUCCCCGCCGCGGGUGGACUCGUGGGCGCGCGGGGGGCGCCGGUCCAAGCGCCGCGCGGGGAGCCCCAGCGGCGGUGGAGGAGCCGACCAGUCCGAGGAGGAGUACCUCGCCCUCUCCCUCCUCAUGCUCUCGCGCGGCGUCCGCGGCGACGCCGGGGAAGGCGGUGGGGUCGUCGCCGCCGCCGCCAAAGGCGCCGGCGCUGCCGCCGUGGCGAAGGCGGCGGGCCAGGGGUACGAGUGCUCCGUGUGCGGCAAGGUGUACCCGUCGUACCAGGCGCUCGGCGGGCACAAGACCAGCCACCGGAAGCCGCCGACGCCGCCGCCAGCCCCGGCGCCACAGGCGGCGGCAGCCCCUGCGGGCGACGAGGCAGCGCCCCUCGGCGGCGGCGUCGCGCACGCGGAGGAGAAGGUGCACCAGUGCUCGCUCUGCCUCCGCACGUUCCCGUCGGGGCAGGCGCUGGGCGGGCACAAGCGGCUGCACUACGAGGGCGGCGCCGCGGGCGCGGACGGGGUCAAGGCCGACAAGACCAAGGCCAGCGCAGCCCAGGCGACGUCCGUGCUCAGGGACUUCGACCUCAACCUGCCUGCCGCGGCCGCGGCCGCCACGGUGGCGACGGUGGAGGACGCCGAGAGCGCGCUUCCGGAGGCCAAGCGGGCGCGCAUGAUGCUGCUCGUGGUCUGAUCAUCAGCUUCUCUCUCUGGCGGCGGCGUAGGUUUUGCUGCCUCUAGCUAGGAGCUGUUUGCUACUAGUAGUAGGUUUUUGCUGGUUAAUUGGUUGGUUGAUUGCUUGAUUAAAUUCCGGUUGCGUGACGCGGGCUGCGCUUGAUCGAUGUGUGAAUGUGAUAAGCACGGAUCCGCUCGGUUCGGCGUGGUCUACUCUUUCAGAACAGGAGCUGGUUUUCGUGGCUCCAUCCGGUCCUUCGUUCUUACCCAUUCAUCCUGUCCAUAUUAUGCGACCCUGAGCCGCCGGAUCAACAACCCGAUGGCUGGGAUCUGUAGAACUUACUUGUAAAGACCCGGUGGUCAAACUCUAUAUAUACAUAUACAAGGAAACUUU